AUUUAAUUACACAGGUUCUAAUCCCAGGCAACAAAAUCGGAGUCAAAAUCCCAAGUAUGCCGCAAUGGAGGAUUCGAUGAAUUGUGGUGCUUCCAUACAAUGGAAUGUUAUGGAAUUCAACAUUACAAAUGAGAAGGGAGAAUAUUUCAACAUAACGAUGAUCUGUUGUCAAGCACAAGAGAUUAUGACACAACAUGUGCAGUUUGGUCCAGUUUAAGGCUGUAUAUCCAGAUAUAUAGAGAGAAGACUGGAAUAACGCAUAAGCUGGUCCGUUCUGAGACAGCAAUCUCCAGCUAUGACCUGGUGGGUUUCGAGGUUGCUCCCUAGGAAUGUCCGUUCCUUGGGCACAUCAUCCAAGAACCGGAGAGUUGAGGAUUGUCAUCGCCACCAGGAGGCCUAUGGGUACUUCUUACCCAUCCAGACGCGGUGGCAGGACAAUGACCAGUAUGGCCACGUGAACAAUGCCGUGUACUACAGCUACUUCGACACCAUCAUCAACCACUACCUUAUCAGAUACUGCGGCCUGAGACCUGGCUUGCUGACGUCCCCCAUGGUGGGGUUCAUGGUGACCAAUCAGUGCACCUUCCACAAGCCCAUCAGCUUCCCUCAGGUCCCGGUGGCUGCUUUGGCUGUGGAGAAAGUGGGUCACUCCAGCGUGGAUUACCGCCUCGCUCUGUUUCCACCUAAGGCCACCAAGGAGCUGCCUUCUGUAAAUCAUGGGGACCUCAAGGAUGGCUUUUUCUCUGGCCACCCCAAGCUGGUCCAUUUUGACUCUUCGGCCUGCACCACUGGCUCCUCCGUCCAUGUCUUCGUGAAUCCAGCCACCGGCAAGCCAACGGGCCUUCCAGAAGACUUCAGGAGGGGCCUCCUGAGGCUACUGAGCCCAGCUUCAAUGUGAAUCAUCUGUAUGUAGAAUUUUGCCUGUCAGAAAAUAAAGUUCAGAUUAUUCUCUAGACGA